AGGCACCAUCAACACUACACUUUCAAACAUUAUGGGCGGGGCUGGCCAUUCUUUUUCUUGAAGGUAACGAAACGAACCAAUAAUUUAGAAAAAGAAAAAAUGCGACGUGUGCGUUGGCUGUACUAGAUGUACGGACUCAUAGCGGCAAGCAUCUUAGGUUUUCACGAAAAAGACACAAGAUAACCAACGAUGUCGCUUUCCUCCAAUUUUCCACUCAAACGUGGCACCGACUUUCCGCCGUCCGGUGCUCCUGCAGCCAAACGACUCAAGCAUGAGGGCAAUAGUUCGCAAAAGUCCUGUCAUGUUAUUUUCUGCAUCGAUCAGUCCGGGUCCAUGCGGCAAACCGAUGUAGCCGUCGGAAAGAGUGUUGGAACAACGGGUCAACAAAUUACCCGGUGGAAGGCGGUUUUCAAUUGUGCGCAGGAGUUUGUCGAAGAGCAGGAGAAAGCAGACCGGAACUUGGGCCUUUUCAACAACUCGCCCGGGUCGCUGUACUACUCACUGAUUCUGUGGCAGGAGGAAGCAACAGUUGUGUUUCAGCGACAGGAAUCCGGCGUGGCAACGCGCCUGCGAAAUGCGGCGAGCGCGAACCAACCUCGUGGUGGCACCACGUUCGCGGCCGGGAUUCGGAAAGCCCGAGAAGUCCUCUCAGGGGGGACGAAGCCGCAACAUUUCAACGAGAAAGUGCUGCUGUUGUUUUUGAGCGACGGCCGUCCCGGUGAUUUGCAGGUAACGCCCCCAGCGAUGCAUGCAAGUGCGCCGAAGAUGCAAACCCACCACCGCUCGCACGGGAAAGAAUACCCUUCCGUCGGCACCGAGCUAGCCGAUUUGCAAAACUACGUCGGGGAAGACAAGCUGCAGCUGCAUUUCGUCGGCAUCUACCCGGAGGGGUUUCCCUGGCUGCGAUAUCUCGCGUGGAAAUUCGAUGGCACCUUCCACGAAAGCACUUUGCAAAUGGAUGAGAUAGCCGCGCAGCAGCCAGCGGCUCCGCAACCGUCGGCGCUGUUCACAGCGUCCGCUGCUACGCAGUCCACCGGUAUGCGCUCGACGUUCUUCAACAUCAGUACGGCACUUACGUGCUUCCGCAGUGACGCCCCGAAUCCCGGUCUCGGGCGGGAGCGAGCGGUCCAGCUGGAGGGCAGGAACUCUGCCAGCAGCGCGCGGGCACAGUCCUCGUCUACAUCAAACUCUGAAGCUGGCGAGGGCGAGCAGAAAUUUUCCGACGUGCGGCGAAUGGUGCUAAAGAACGCCGACAGUGAGGAGUUCAAGCCAGUUCCACUGACACAGGAAGUGGCAAAAACGGUGAUUCUUCGCGACAACCCCUUCGCCCAGGGCGGUAUCCGGAACGUGUACAAGAUGCGAGUAGUGCAGCCGAACGGUGGAGCGAUUCACAUGGUAUCAAUUUUUUGUAUGCAGAUGGUGAACUUGAAGAAGAUGAAACAGUUUUCUAUGAAAAAAGAGUUCCACUUCGAUAUCAUCAGGUCGCCAAGGAGUCCAGGCACGAGGGCGAGUACGCCGAACGCCUUCGAUUUCAUGCAGAGACGUCGAAGUGCCAAGGCCGCGCGAUUGUGUUGUCGACCGACUUCAAAAAAGCCCUCCGGACGGCUGCCAUGUUUGGAGGCGCAAGCGCACAGCUGCUGCAGGAACUGCAAAUCCAUUCCAACUUCCAGUUUGUGCCCAUGCACGUUUAUCGGUUGAAGGACAGCAAGGUGAAAGGAGGCUUUCGGUACUUGGCAGCGGAGCCGGAACUCGAAGGCGACUACAGAAAAUACAACGGCAACAACGGAUGGGUGUGCCAGGAAGUAAAAGACCGGGGAGACGCUGCAGGUUUUCAUCGUUUCAGUGUUGCACUUGGUCCUUGUAGUUUGCUCGUUUGGCAUUCCCAUGAACUGUGCUAGCCCCUAGCCCCAGCUAUGAUCAACAUAGAACUCGUCGUUCCGCCCCGUUGUAUUUACUUUUUUUUUUCCUACGACGCGAUCGACUACAAUUUUCACACAGGUUUUGCUGCCCGCUUGGCCCAAGCUUUCUCCCAUUGGACGUCCGUUCACACGAAUGGGACAGAGAUGGUAGUCGACAUCCAAGGAACUCACGAGGGCUUCACCGAUCCGCAGUUGCACUCCCUAGAUGGCAAGUACGGUAGAGCGGACAGAAAAGCCCAAGGCAUGAAAGAAUUUUUCGACUCGCACCGCUGCGGUGAGAUGUGCCGACUCUUGAAAAUUGCAAGGUAGAACGUGGACGAAGCUUGCUGAACAUUUUUUGGCUGCGAUCAUGAGCCGUAUUAUAAUUCCUAUCGAUCCGCAUCGCAUCGAUACUUCCGAUAAUUUUGUACGAUAGAACGUUGGCAGGUAAGAAAAAAGAAAUGACAGUAGACUUGAAGAAAGGUGUGAAGGAAGCAUCAUACAACUGCUACGAUGGUGUCGCAUUGAGCGCCGAACCCUCGAGAAACAUUGGC